ACCGCGAAAUUGGUUCAUAAGCGCAGGCACUCCUUGCCAUAACCUUACCUUUUCUCACGCUACAAACCGACUGUCCCCAUCUCACACCGUCCUUAUCAACAAUGUGGUCCUGGUUCGGCGGAGCGGCCGCGCAGAAACGGAAAGAUGCGCCUAAGGAGGCGAUCCUGAUGCUCCGCGAGCAGCUGGAUAUGCUGCAGAAGCGCGAGAAGUACCUGGAGAGUCAGAUGGAGGAGCAGGAUGCGAUUGCCAGGAAGAACGUGACGACGAACAAGACCGCGGCCAAGAAUGCCCUUCGACGGAAAAAGAACCACGAGAAGAACCUCGAGCAGACGACCGCGCAGAUCGUGCAGCUGGAGCAGCAGAUCUACUCGAUUGAGGCAGCGAACAUCAACCAGGAGACUCUCAAUGCGAUGAAGGCGGCUGGCGCGGCCAUGACGCAGAUCCACGGCUCCAUGACCAUCGAUAAGGUGGACGAGACGAUGGACAAACUCCGGGAACAGCACCAACUCAGCGAGGAGAUCGCGACAGCCAUCACAAGCAACUCCAUCACCGAACAACCGGACGAGGCCGACCUGGAAGCCGAGCUCGAGGGUCUGGAGCAGGAGGCCAUGGACGAGCGCAUGCUCAAGACCGGCACGGUGCCCGUGGCAGACCAGCUCAACCGGUUACCCGCCGCAGCCAACGGAGAACUCAAAACCCAACCCGCACACGCCGAGGAAGACGACGAGGAAGCAGAGCUGGAAAAGCUUCGCGCCGAGAUGGCCAUGGGAUAAACCGGGGGGGGGUUCUUGUUCGGGCGCUGUGCCCCCCCCUCCCUUUUCUCUUCCUUUCUACUCUAUAUGCUUUCAUCAAGAAUAUUUUGUGUCCUAUGCACUGCGUCUCUUUCUUCAGUCAUUGCUCUUUCAUCCCCCCUUUCUCUCU